AUGGUUAACAUCGCCUCCAUCCUCGCCGGUGCUGCUGCAGCCACAUCCUUUAUCAGCACUGUAGCUGCUCAUCCUGGCGAGAAGCAUGAUCACGUCAAGAUCAAGCGUGAGAUUGACGUUCGUGGUCUGCGUGCAGCAGCAGCAAAACGCUCCUUGGCCGAAUGUCAAGACACUCUCAAGCACCGCAGCUUGAUGCGUCGUGCGGAGGCACGUCGUGCAAACACCUUGGAUGCUCUUCGCGAAAAGCGUGGUAUUACUGCGAAGUCCAAAAAGUACCGUCGCGACCUGGCCCUCCUCCAGGAGUUCGAGAACGUCAAUCACAAUAUGACGGGUGUGAUGAGUUACACACCCAACACUCUCGCCAGUGACAUUUUCGCUGCAAACACCUCCUGCAUCCUCUCUCCUGAAGUCACCGACGGCCCCUAUUAUGUCACUGGCGAGAUGAUCCGCAAGAACGUUGUCGAGAACCAAAAGGGCAUCGAUCUCUAUCUUGAAGUCCAAUAUGUCGACGUAAGCACCUGUGAGCCUGUGCCGCAGCUUUACGUCGACGUAUGGAACUGCAACUCUACCGGCUACUACAGCGGUGUCGAGUCCGGCCAAGGCGGUCUUAAUACUACUUUCCUGCGCGGAGUUCAAGAGACUGAUGCGGAUGGUGUUGUAGCCUUUGAGACUCUGUUCCCAGGUCACUACGAGGGUCGUGCAACACACACGCACCUCCUCGUCAAGACUAAUGUGACCGUUCGCUCCAAUGGUACCACCGGCUCCGAUGGUGCCGUAACUCAUAUUGGUCAGCUCUUCUGGCCUGAAGACCUCAAAUCCGCUGUCGAAGCUACGGAGCCUUAUGUUUCCAACACCCAGGCAUAUACUACCAACGAUGAGGAUAUGUGGUCUAUCGUCCAGACAGAUAAUGACUUCGACCCCUUCCCGGAGUACGUGUAUCUUGGGGAUGACGUGGAAGAUGGCUUGAUGGCAUGGAUACAGAUCGGCAUCAACUCUACAGCUGAUUAUACUGACGAUGAGUACUAUGCUGUUGCUGCGGACUAUCAAGCGGGUGGAGGAGUUGCGAAUGAGAAUGCUAUGGAUAUGGGUGGUGAAGGCGGUGCGGGGGGUAACGGAACUAUGCCGAGCGGAGCUAUGCCUUCUGGCGCUAUCCCCUCGGGCACAGCUCCGACAAGUUUGUAG